AACCCAUCUUCUACUUUGGUGAUGUUGAGUACUCUGUGGAUGAGAGUGCUGGCUAUGUGGAAGUGCAGGUAUGGAGAACAGGCACUGACCUGUCCAGGUCUUCUAGUGUCACCUUGAGAUCUCAGAAAACAAACCCUCCAUCUGCCAAUGCUGGAACAGACUAUGUGGGAAUUAGUCGUAAUUUAGAUUUUGCACCUGGAGUCAGCAUGCAGACUGUUCGUGUCAUCAUUCUGGAUGAUCUUGGACAACCAGUGCUGGAGGGAAUUGAGAAACUUGAACUGGUGCUUCGUAUGCCUAUGAAUGCUGCCAUUGGCGAGCCCAGCAAAGCCACAGUGUCCAUAAACGACUCUGUCUCAGAUUUACCUAAGAUGCAAUUCAAAGAACGAGUAUAUACUGUCAAUGAAAAUGACAGGCAGAUAGUUGCAAUAAUCCACAGGAGUGGAGAUCUCCAGUUCAUGUCCUCAGUAAGAUGCUAUACACGACAGGGAUCUGCACAAGUGAUGAUGGACUUUGAAGAACGCCCAAACACUGAUAUCUCUAUCGUUGAAUUCCUGCCAGGUGAGACUGAGAAGCCUUGUAUCCUUGAGCUGAUGGACGACAGACUCUAUGAGGAAAUAGAGGAACUUCGCCUAGUACUUGGCACUCCACAAAGCAACUCUCCCUUUGGGGCUACAGUUGGUGAACAAAAUGAAACUCUGAUAAGGAUCCGAGAUGAUGCUGAUAAGACUAUUAUUAAAUUCGGAGAAAUCAAAUUUAGCAUAAAUGAACCUAAAGAACCAGGACAAUCAGUGGUAAUAAAGAUUCCAGUCAUUCGCCAAGGAGACACUUCAAAGGUUUCCAUCGUGAGAGUGCACACCAAGGAUGGCUCGGCCACCUCUGGAGAAGACUACCACCCUGUGUCAAAAGAAAUUGAAUUUAAGGAGGGAGAAACCCAGCACAUUGUUGAAAUUGAAGUAAUCCAUGAUGGGGUUAGAGAGAUGAGAGAGGCCUUCACUGUUCACCUAAAACCUGAUGAAAAUAUGAUAGCAGAGACACAGGUGACGAAAGCCAUUGUGUAUAUAGAAGAAAUGAACAGCAUGGCAGAUGUCACUUUUCCUUCUAUCCCUCAAAUUGUGUCUUUAUUGAUGUAUGAUGAUACUUCCAGAGCUAACGAGAAUGCUGGACCUGUGUCUGGUUAUCCUGUCAUCUGUAUCACAGCUUGCAAUCCUAAAUAUUCAAACUAUGACAAAACAGGUUCUAUUUGUACAAGUGAGAACAUCAAUGAUACUUUGACUCUGUACCGAUGGCUGAUUAGUGCACCCACUGGCACUGAUGGUGUGACCAGCCCCAUGAAAGAAGUGGACUUUGACACCUAUUUUACAUCAUCCAAGAUGAUCACUUUAGAUUCCAUAUACUUUCAACCUGGCUCCAGGGUACAGUGUGCGGCUCGUGCUGUCAAUACCAAUGGCAAUGAAGGCCUGGAGCUGAUGAGCCCUAUUGUAACCAUCAGUAAAGAAGAAGGUCUUUGUCAGCCUCGGGUGCCAGGGAUAGUGGGAGCAGAGCCAUUUUCAGCUAAGUUGCGCUACAUGGGCCCCGAGGACCCGGAGUACACAAACCUUAUCAGGCUCACGGUCAUGAUGCCACACACAGACGGCAUGCUCCCUGUGAUCUCCACUAAAGAACUUUCCAACUUCGAGCUCACCCUCAGCCCUGAUGGCACACGAAUUGGAAACCACAAGUGCUCAAAUCUCCUGGAUUAUACUGAAGUAAAGACCCAUCAUGGUUUUCUGACUGAUGCUAGAAAAAAUCCAGAAAUAGUUGGAGAGAUGUAUCCUUAUCAGUACAGUUCGUCUAUCAGAGGUUCAAGUACCUUGCGCUUCUACCGAAAUCUGAACCUAGAGGCCUGUUUGUGGGAGUUUGUUAGCUACUAUGACAUGUCAGAACUUCUCACUGAUUGUGGAGGCACUGUUGGAACAGAUGGACAGGUCUUAAACCUAGUGCAGUCAUAUGUGACUCUUCGAGUCCCUCUGUAUGUUUCCUACGUGUACAAUUCCCCUGUUGGAGUAGGAGGUUGGCAGCAUUUUGACUUGAAGUCAGAACUUCGUCUAACUUUCGUGUAUGACACUGCCAUCUUGUGGAAUGAUGGAAUUGGCAGCCCACCAGAAGCUGAACUCAAAGGUUCUCUGUAUCCAGCUAGCAUGCGCAUUGGUGAAGAGGGGUGCUUGGUUGUGAACUUCAAGACAGAAGCUAAAUUCCAUGGCUUGUUCGUGCUGUCACAUCCUGGAUCCUUCACAAGAUCAAUGAUCAUGUCAGCGGAUCAUCCAGAACUGACUUUUUCCCUGCACCUAAUAAGGAGUGAACCAACCUAUAACCAGCCAGUCCAGCAAUGGAGCUUUGUCUCUGACUUUGCAGUACGUGACUACUCAGGAACCUAUACUAUAAAACUGCUGCCAUGCACCACCCUAUUGCAUCAGAAGUAUCACCUGCCUGUCACCUGCAACCCCAGAGAACCUGUCACCUUUGACCUUGACAUCCGAUUCCAGCAGGUCAGUGAUCCAGUGGCGGCUGAGUUUAGCUUGAACACCCAAAUGUACCUACUCUCCAAGAAGAGUCUCUGGUUGUCUGAUGGAUCCAUGGGAUUUGGGCAUGAGAGUGAUGUUGCUUUUGCUGAAGGUGAUAUUAUUUAUGGUCGUGUUAUGGUAGAUCCUGUCCAGAAUCUAGGUGAUUCCUUUUACUGCAGUAUUGAGAAGGUGUUUCUGUGCACUGGAGCUGAUGGCUAUGUUCCCAAGUACAGUCCAAAGAAUGCAGAAUAUGGCUGCUUAGCUGAUUCUACUUCACUCUUAUAUAGAUUUAAAAUUGUGGACAAAGCUCAGCCAGAGACACAAGCCACCAGUUUUGGAAAUAUUCUGUUUAAUGCCAAACUGGCAGCAGAUGACCCUGAAGCUACUCUUUUAGUGAAUCAGCCUGGAUCCGAUGGAUUUAAAUUGGACUCAACACCACUCUUUCAGGUUGCUCUGGGCCGAGAAUGGUACAUACACACGAUCUACACAGUAAGAUCAAAAGACAACUCCAACAGGGGCAUUGGCAAAAGAAGUGUGGAGUACCAGUACCACUCUAUAGUGAGUCCAGGAAAGCCCCAGCCAACUACCAAGAGCAGGAAGAAGAGGAAGAUCAGGAGCACACCCCCACUGGUAUGGGCAAUUGGAGCUAAAAACAGCCGGGGAACAAACAUCCAGCACAUUUCCCUGGACCGAACCAACAAGAAGCAGGACCCCAAAGGAAGAGUUCCUCCUGACAGCAUCCUCCCCUGGGAGCACAACAGUCCCAUCUCUGAGGUCAGCCUGGUCAUGGUCAUGGGAGGCAUCGCAGUGGGAUUACUCACUCUUGGCCUCAUUGCCAUUGCAGCAGUGAUAUGCAAGAGCAAGAGGAGUGCCAGGAGGAAGGAUGCUCCAAAGGGCUCAGGCAACAGCGAGCCCAUGAUGUCCCCACAUAGCUACCACAGCGAUAGCUCUGAGGUUUGAUGGCCAUGGGUGCAAUUCAACAUUUUCCUCAAGUGCCUCAGACUUAAAAAAAAAAACAGAAAUCCAAAUCCUUCUAUAAAUGGCAGAGAAUUGGGAACUUCUGUGACGAAGCUGCUUAGAGGACCUGACUGUGCUAAUAAACUUUGAUUUGAAUUCUGUCUACUCUGUUAUGCAUCAAAGGAAAAAUUCAGACCACAAACCACAUUUUUCCUCUUGCCCAGAAAGCAGCAACAAUGUAUUCACAUAUACCCAGAGCUAUAAAAGGACAGCAAAGAAUGUACUUCUCAUUUUAGGCAUUUUCGCUACACAAUGGAGAUGAACUUACUCAAAGGUGCUGAUAGACUCUAUGAGCCAUUUCAGAGGCAUCUACUGUAUGAACUUUGAAGGUGCAAGUAUCACAUUGGUUAUAUAACAUUUUAUUACUAGAAAUAUUAUAAUUGGUAGUCUGAGAAAAUAAUGCACAUUGUUUAUUAUGACAAGUUUUCUAGUAAGUGAAGACAGCAUAGAAUUAUGACCAAGGGUAACUCAACCCACAAAUCACCUUUUAUACUACUUGGGAGGGAAUAGAAGGAAAAAUAAAGGGAAAAUAAAUCACUAAUUUGGAUUUGAAUUGUUUCUCAUCCUCAUCAGGCCCUCCUUGUUUAAUUUCCUUAUUUAAUUUUUAAUUAAACUGAAGAAUAUGUUAAGUCUAGAAGGAAUUGUUGAAGAGAGACUGCUCUGUUUUGGUAGAAAGCGAGAAAUAGUAGAGUUCUUGCAUGAUCAUAUACCUAAUUGGUGCUCAAUAUUUGUAGAAAAUGAGAGUGUUGGUGACAUUUUGACAGCAAAGAAGUGCCAUAGAGUUAGAUUCACAUUUAUAAGACAAUGUUCUCUAAGAACUGAGCCUAGGUGUUUUCAGUAUUGAACCCACAAAUGAUAAUGAGAAACAUCAUUAUCUGAAAGAAGAAAGUGGUGUUUUUUAACAUCAUAUGUUUAACCAAAGUGCUUAUUAUACAUACUUUAUAGAAUAACAAAAAAAAUUUUAUCAGAUGAUAAUAGUACAUUAGUUUAAACCUCAGAGUAGCAUAAUCACAUGACCAUGUCCGGAAUUUGAAUUGGCCAUAGGACAUUAUAUUACUUUCUAAUCAGCGUCUGCUCUAAACCCUGGAAAUCUCUGCAACUGUCACUUCAGAGUUCUUGGUAGUGUCCAGCAUCAUCCAUCAUAUUCUUCUUAUAUCCAAAAGGAAAGUAUCAUUCUUUGGCAUCUCUAGUUAAAUAACUGAUGCAUUGUGGUCCUCUCUGUACCUAAAAAUAUAAUUUGUAACACUGCUUAAUGUGUUAAAAACCAAAGAACUUGAUUGAAUUUGAACUUACUUGGCAAGCCUCCCAUUGCCUUUCUGAAAAAUGUGCUUUCACCAAAUAGCAAAAAUCUUGGUUUGAAAUGAAAAAUGUCAGCAGUUUUAUCACCAAUCUUUGAAAAGCUAGUAAAUGUAUUGCAAGCAAAAGUAAGAUCAGUGGGGAAAGAACCGUACCUGAAAACUAACCUUUCAGUGUUGCCUGGAAUCCCCUUUCACUUGCAGCCAUAACCUGGCCACAGUGGACAUCCCUGGUGGAAUGAAGAUAAUUAGAAGACCAAUCUUUCUCCAGGUCAUAGAGGCACAUUUGUCUGGUGUCUGUGAACAGACCAAACAUCUCUUGCUUGAAAGAAAAAGAAGCUACAGUGGUACUGGGAGAGAGGUAAAAAGUAUCUAAUACUUGCCUCUCUUCUUUUGGGCAGUCUACUCACAUUCAAAGUCUUUUUAAAGAAUAGAUUUUCAACCAGCAAUUUUCAACCAGUGUGUUGGGGCAAGCACACUGGUGGGCUGCAAGAAUUUUAAAAAC